AGUCCGAUAACAAUUUCCAAAAAAAAAAAACAAUUCAUUACAAUUGUGAACUUCCAGCUUUAAAAAACAUAAUAAAUAAAUUAAAAUGUCGGGCACAUCGCAGAAAUAUAAGAACUUUGUGGCAGAGCCAAUGGGCAACAAGUCUGUCACAGAGCUGGCUGGAAUUGGAGAGACGCUGGGGGGACGCUUGACCGCAGCUGGAUUUGACAAGGCAUACACCGUGCUCGGCCAGUACUUGAUUUUGAAGAAGGAUGAGGAGCUGUUCAAGGACUGGAUGAAGGAAGUGUGCCACGCCAGUUCGAAGCAAGCCUCCGACUGCUACAAUUGCCUCAACGAUUGGUGCGAAGAGUUCUUGUAAGCGAGAGGACAGUCCAUACUCUGAUCCGAUCAAAACAAUCGCAUCUGCUGGACGGGCAAAAAUCUGCAGUGAGAUUUAGCGAUAUUAGCCAUGGCGCAAUAAGUAAAAAGUAAGAAUCUUUUCUUUUUAUGUUGAUAUUGAUUUUAGAAGUUAGGUAAAAUAUCUAAAGCAAUAACUGAUAAUAAAUGUACAGUCGAAAGAA